AUGAACCUUAUCGAAAUAUUAUUGCCAGUUUUCUACUUGGCUCAUUCCGACUUAGUUGGGCACUUUGGUGGUUCCUCGGGAGGAUAUAUAAAGCCUAAUGAUGAUAUCCUAGGACAUGAUGCUUCGGUUGUUCUUAAUCUGAACAUUAUCAAAUGGAAAGUUAAUUU